AUGACAUUUCAGCAAGAAUUACCUAUUCAAUUGAGUUACACAAUUGCAACGCCAGGUUCUAUCAAUUUACCAUCAAAUGUAACGUCAUCUGUUAUAAGUAAUGAAAGUUAUCCACAAAUAGUGGAAAUGAUAACCAACAGCUUAUCCAAUGUAUCUGAUCAGAUUAAUGUAAUAAUAUAUGAAGCUAAAAUUGUUCAAAGUAUUGAACAAGUCAAAUGGAAAAAACCCAUUGCACGAUCAUCAUCAAGUUAUUAUCUUUAUGUUGAUGCAACUUUGCAACUUCCAUUUGUAUGCGUUAGUGGAUCUCCAUGUAUAGAUGAAAUACAAACAGCUUUAGAAGAGACACCAUUAACUGACCUUGAAUUAAUUACUGCGGACGGCGUUAUUUACACAAAAGUUGAAAAACCAACUGUACAAGGCUUAAAACCAAUAAAUCCACAAGCAAAUUAUAUCGGUUUAAUUGUUGGUAUUGUUCUGGCAGUACUGAGUAUAUUAGUACUUGCAGUUGUAGCCAGUUACGUUAUCGUACAAAAGCGUAAAAUACUACAAAUAAACAAACAAUUUCAGGGUGAUUUCAAUUUACCAAUUAAACAAAAAUAUUUGAAAAAAAAACACAACUAUGGUGAUAAAGUUUCUUCGUAUGAGCUCGAUGAAACCAAUCCAUUUCAUUGGCCAUUUGCUCGGCUCGUAAAAAACUGGAUGGGACCUCUCGAAAGUGAUUUUGAAUUAGAAACGAUUGAGAUCGUAGAAAAUCGUGACAAACUCAAUAUUUUCCGUCAACAAAUUGAAAUUGUUGAAAGUCGUCAAACUCAAUCGGUGUUUCAACCAGUGUUCGAUAAAGAAUCAAAUCCUGGAGAACGACAAAAAGUAUUGGAACGAUUAAAUGGUUUAUGUAAACAAGUGACACAUAAUAGAAAAGUAAAUAUUGUUCGAGUAUGGCAUGGUUGUAAUAAAAAACUAUUACCACAGCUGCUGGGUGAAGGCUUUGCUUCAUUAGGACAACUUGAUGACGGUUGGUUUGGUAAGGGCAUGUACUUUUCGUCAAGUGCAGAGUAUGCAUCACGUUAUUGUCCACAAGAUAAAAAUGCAUGCCUAUUAAUGUGUUACGUAUUAGUUUUAAAUCCAUUUCCUGUCAUUUAUGAUGAUGCACCAGAAGAUGUUCAACCAGAUAAAUUUCGAUUUUAUGGACGUGGUAAUCAUCGUACUUUCCAAUGUCAUUAUAUACCAGUUUCUGGUAAAAAAUCUACAAUAGAUUUUCGUCCACCACUCGAGGGUACAGAUCAUGCAAUCUAUGAUGAACUAGUUGUUUUUGAAAGUGCCAAUAUAUUGCCUCAACUAGUUGUUCAUCUGAAAACACCGGGAGUUCUGUCACCGGAAAGACAACCCAUACCGGCUUUUAUAGAUGCAUCUAUACCGAGUAAACGCAAGGAUUGUAGUCAAAAUCAUCGUUCAUUCGAUCAACAUCGAUUUAUCGCAUCUCCUGCUGAAGAUCAAUUUGAAAUGAAUAUAAUUAACGUAUCAGUAGGUAAUCGUGGUGAUAACGAUGGUUUUGAUCGUCGGCGGCAAGUUGAUCGUUAUCGGCAAUAUGAUCGUGAUGAUGAUAAUGAUUUCUGA